AUGUCUUCCGCCACCACCGCAAAUUACCAAUCUCUCCUGCUUCAGGGUGGAACAAUCUUGUUUCACGAAGGAAACAAGGUUAAGAUUCUGGAGAACUGCGACCUCCUCACCGAGGGAAACAAGAUUUCCAAGAUUGGCUUGUCGCUCACCGCACCACCAGGUUCCAGAAUCCUGGACUGUCGGAACCAGAUAGUUUCCCCAGGUUUUAUAGAUACCCACCGCCACCUGUGGCAGAGUCAGCUGAAAGGGAGACAUGGGGAUGAAACUUUUCUUCAAUAUAUGACGUCUGGAAAUCAACAAUCUUUCAACUACACCGCCAAAGAUAUCUUCUGGGGCCAGCUAGUAGGCUGUCUAGAGAGUCUAGAUGCUGGGGUAACGACAGUUGUGGACCACGCUCAUAUGACCUACUCCAUGGAGCAUGCAAAUGAAGGCCUGCGAGCGAUGGCCUCGUCUGGGUUGCGGGGCUUUUUCUGUUACUCCCCGAUUGAACGUUUGAAGAAUUGGACCUCGACUUUCGAACACCAUAAAGAUACACUUCCAGAGUGGUGGAGUACCCAUCUAAAAAAGCUGGCAAAGGAUCAGCCCUUUGGGAAUGGACGUGUCCAUCUGGGCUUGGGAUUCGACUCGUAUUAUUUACCAAAGCAGACGGUUGUCGAUCUGUGGGAGAAAUGUCGCUCGCUUGGAGUACGACUAAUCACCACGCAUUACUUGGCCCAUUACAUGCCAGGUGUGUAUCCCUACAUCUGUGGUCUAGACUUUCGGCUAAUGAAGAAAGAUAUCAUCAAAAUGAUCGCCGACUACGGACUAUUGAAGAAUGACUUGAUCAUUUCACAUGCGACAGGGCUAGCCAAAGAUGAUGCCCAGCUAGUCGUUGAGAGCGGUGCAUAUAUUUCUUCGACUCCCGAUACGGAGCUUCAGAUGGGUCUUGGAGAUGUGGUUUGCUUCCGUGAGGAUAUCAAGUCCAAUGCUUCCAUCGGCAUUGACUGUCACUCCAACAAUUCUGCAGACGUGAUCACACAGAUUCGCCUAGGCAUGCAGCAUGCACGAGGCCAAGCAAAUCAGACAGCCAUGGACAACGGGGGCUAUGCCAAAAUCGACAUAAAAUUGGAAGAGGCCUUCAAUUUGGGGACAGUUCAGGGUGCUAGAGCAGUGAAUAUGGAGGAUCAGAUUGGAAGUCUAGCCGAGGGCAAGCUUGCUGACAUUGUUGUUUUUGAUGCUAUCAGCCCAUCCAUGAUCUGUGCCGCACAGCAGAACCCCCUUGCCGCCAUUCUCCUUCAUUCUAGCGUCCGGGAUGUCCGUAUGGUCAUUGUGGACGGAAUUAUUCGGAAAGAAUGCGGAGAGCUGUGCAAACUGGAGCUUCUGGACGGUCCCAAUGGGGUGCUCAGUGAGAAAAUGUCCUGGGACAAAGUCGCCAAAGAGCUCCUCUCAAGCCGCUCCGUGAUAAAUGAGCGUGGUAUAGGUCAAGGGCAAGAUGUAGGAAAGGAGGCUUUAGUUCAUUUAUACAGUUGA